AUGUCAGCCCACAAUCAAGUAGAAAAGUAUCUAUUGAUGGUCCCUCUUUAAUCUCAGAAGAUCAAGUUGAUGGCAAUAUACAUUAUGGUUAGAUAGUGGAAGGCUGUAUUCUAACAGCAUCUUCAGUUGAUAAGCGCUGUGUUGUAUGCAAGCAUGGAGACUUACCUUUGGCACAAGUGGCUCCUGAUGUGGUAUGAUGUAUGGACUGGUACUGAUAGAUGAAAUCGAUUUUUUCAAAUAUACAAACACAUUGUUUAGGUGUUUUUAGAUUUGGGAGAGGAACUAGUCAUUAAUAACAAAGAUAUUAUUCGAGAAAAAUUAUUAGGUCAUGGAGCAUUUGGGUUUUUUUUUCAAAGGGGUAUGUAAAAGAAAAAAACCCAAUCAUACUAUACAAAUUGCUAUUCAAAUUUUCCAACUUGUACCUCCAGGACUUAAUGUUAGCCAAUCUGCUGUAAUAGCUUUUAAAGAAAGUCUGUUUAAAUUAUUUCUGUUGUUGAUAAUUAUCAUAUUUUAGCAUUUGUACAAGGAGCACAAACAAAAUGGGAUACUCCAAUAAACCUGCAAAUUGUAGUGCUAGACAAGAACUAAACAUAAUCCUAAAUUUGAAACAUCUAAAUAAUGUUCCUCUAAUCAGUGUGUGUACAAAAUCAUUAGCACUUAUUCUUGACUUUCCACCAAUGGUGGCAUUGGAUCAGAUUUUAGAAACUAUCGAAGAUCAGGUUCAAAAUUUGACCCUCACAUACUACAAUAAAUUGUUUUUCAAAUUGCAAAAGCACUAGAAUACUUACAUCAGCUACAGCUUAUUUAUAGAGACUUAAAAAUUAAAAAUAUCCUUAUUUGGUCUAUCUCAGUACCACUCCGUGAUCCUUACGCAAUAAAUACACAUGUUUAAAUGGCAGCUUAAUUAUACGAAAUUAAUUUAUCAACAUGGUUAUUUUGCUUUCUUCAAAAAUUAUUUUACAGGAAUUAGUUGCCUGUCUUUACCAUCUGGCACUAAAGGAUUUGCAGGUACAAAAGGUUUUAUGGCUUCAGAAAUAAUAAAUUACAAUAGUGAAGAAGAGUAUACUGAACAAGUUGCCUGUUUUUCAUAUGGAAUAUUUAUUUAUAAACUGAUUAAAAUGCAUCAACUAUUUGAAAUUCAUGAAUCUGCAAAAGAAAGUAUUUUAGAAGAACACCGACCUGCAUUGACUUAUAGAGUAAGAAAGUCUUGAAUAAUAGUGUGAAUAAUUAUUUUUUAAACUUUGUAAACUGAAUUAUAAAGUUUUACCAAUAUGAUUCUUAAAGGAAACAGCUUAUCCAAGUUAUUUAAUUGAUUUAAUGGCAGUAUGCUAG